AACAUUAUAAAAAAAUUUGUAUAAAACAUUUACCUUAAUUUCUUAAAUAAAUAUGUCGAAAGCUCAUCCUCCGGAAUUAAAAAAAUUCAUGGACAAGAAACUGUCCAUAAAACUGAACGCCGGACGCGCCGUAACCGGCGUGCUCCGUGGUUUCGACCCCUUCAUGAAUCUAGUCCUUGACGAGUCUGUAGAAGAAUGUAAAGAUGGACAACGUAACAACAUUGGCAUGGUGGUCAUUAGAGGGAACAGCAUAAUAAUGCUGGAAUCAUUAGACAGAAUAUAGUAGUAGUUUAAGUACUUUUUAAUCUAACUUAUCAUGAAUAAGAAGCAUCAUAAGAACCUACUUUAUUAUUAAGUUACAUAAUAUUAAGUACUACAAAUAAUGAAGGACUGUAAAUGUUAUUAUAAUGUUAGGUACAUUAAUUACUUGUACUCCAUAUGAUAUGUACACGAUGAAUGAAAAUACAUAUUUUUUGACCCUACACAUGAAAUGUUUCAGACCCAUUUUUUGUUAACCACCACGCCAGGAACACUAAUGUUGAAAUUGUAAAACAUUAAAAUAUUGUCAUUCCAUAA